UCUGGAUACGAGUCUGGUAGCCUGACUUCUGUAAAGUUAUCUUGAUGUUUAUUGAAUAUGAAAAACGGAUGAAAGCAGAUUGUGAAUAUAAAAAUUGUAGCUACUUACCUAGCUAGCUACUCGUUAUUAUUAUAGUGCCUAAAAACAACAAACAUCAAGAACGUCUUCCUCCAACCAAAUCAACCAUCAAUUCGACAACAGGACAGGAUGUCAAAAUUUAGCUUCAGGAGAAGUGAAAAGAAAGCCUUUAAGCACAUAGCUUAUGGCUUGAUCCCUGCAGCCACCGUAGCCCCCCGGCCCGCUGUACCCCGUACCCCUCCCCCUCGCAGCCCGUACCCCUCUCCAGAGAGACCCAGGUCUGCCUUGGCGGCCGCCAUCUUGUCCUCGUCGUUGACCGGCCGGACCGUGGCCAUCCCUCCCGCACGCCCCAGGUCCUUCUCCGAGAGUAACUGUUCACGCUCAGAGACACACAGCACGUUGGAUCCUUACGCCAGCACAGCGCUCUACACAAGAGACAGAUGGCCAGAGUCUUUGGCUGGCCGGCCUCGCUUGCCCUCCCCUGGGCUCUCUGAAGACCAUGAUGAUGAUGAUGAUGAUGAGAGAGCGGUGCUGUCAGAUGAAGAUGGUCAUGUCUACCAAUCUCUGGAUCGCCAGGGGAGAAGUCCGAUCUACGCCCGGCCUGUAAAACGGGCUGCUGUUCAGUCAGAGGAAGAGGAGGAGACUGAUGACUCAGUCUUCGACAUAGUGUCCCCUCUACCUCCAGAGGAAGCUGAGGUUCAACAGUCUCCAGUUCAGAAGGCCACAUCACCCAAACUAGAGCAGAGGCCUUCGUCUCGUAGAAGCAUGCCUUCCCCAGGUUUGACAGAAGAAAACUUUAGUGCGUCUAAGAAGAGGUCUUCAGCCCAGAAGACCAACAGCUCAGGAAACAGGAGAGAUGGACCAUCAGAGAGAGAGAGAGAGAGAGAUGGACCAUCAGAGGCCAGCGGUGCCUACAGAGAGGUUCUGGACAUGCAGAAGGAGAUGGUUCGGGCUUUAACAGAGCAGAACCAGGCCCUGGGGGCAGACAGGAGGUUGCUGGAGCAGAGGUGUACAGAACAGAGCCUGCAGCUGCAGAGGAGCUACCAGAGGGUCCAGAGUCUGGAGCAGGAACUCAGCAAGGCCCCUGUCCCUAUGGCAGGUGAGCAGGCAGAGCUGCUGAGUCUGAGGCAGCAAGCCCAGGAGCUGGUGGAUGAGAAUGACGGCCUGAAGAUGACCGUCCAUCGCCUCAACGUGGAGCUCAGCCGCUACCAGACACGCUUCAGACCCCUGGGGAAAGAAGAGAGCUCCAGAACCCGUGGCCUGCCACUUAAAGGAUCUGCUCCCCCCUGGCUGCUGGACAUGAAGUAUUUAUCUCCAUUGUUGCUGGCUUAUGAAGACCGGUUGAGUGAGAAAGAUGCUCUUCUGCAGUCCUCGGAGGAGGAGUUGAGGAGGUUCCGGGGCCGUGUGGAGGAGGUGGUGCAGGAGAACCAGAAGUUACACCAGGACCUGAAACAGACAGGAGGAGUCAGCCACAAGGAGUGGAGGCAGCUCCAGGAGCAGGCCCGUCUGGUACUUCAGGAGAACCAGGUCCUGAUAGACCAGCUGGAGGUGCAGCAUGCUAAGGCUAAGGACAGUCACGGGAGACAUUUGACUGAGGUCUCUAAGGUGUGUAAGCAGCUGAUGUUGCUGGAGGCAGAGAAGCAGAGGCUGGAGGGGGAGCUGGAGGAGACGAGGCGAGAGCUCCACACUCUGCAGGCAGAACACCUCCAGACACGGUGCAGUCUGGAGAACGCUGUCAGCUGGGACGAACACCACGCUAUCGCAACCAAACUCAAACGCCAGCUGGAGGCUGAUUCAGGCCGUCAGCAGAGUGUGGUGGAGGAGCUGCAGCAGAGAGUGACUAGUCUACAGACAGAGAAGAACCAUCUGGUGUUGGACAAAACCAACCUGGCUGCUGACAUCCAGAGGAUGGAGGCUGAACUGGAGGUGUCUCGACAUGCCAACAGGAAGGCCCAGAGGCGUAUAGGCCUGUUGAAGCAACAAGUUGAUGACUCUAUAGAGAAGGAGAUGACAGCCCAUCUCUACCUAGCCUCCAUCGUAGCUCUGGCUGAGAAGACCACCCAGGAGAGAGACCAGCUAGUAUACAUGGCCUCUUCCCUAGAGCACGACAAGCAGGGGGUGAUCACCAGGGUUGUGGAGGACACCGUACGGCUUGGAAAGCUUCAAGAGAAGGUCAAGGUGUACAAGAAGCAGGCAGCCUGCAGCCUGGGGGUUCUGGGCCGGAGGCUGGUGGAGCAGGAGGAGGACUUUGCAGGGAGGGCUGCCUCCUACCAGACAGAAAUCCAGCACCUCCAGAGGCUUCUACGAGACAAACAGCAGGACCUGGACGGAGUGCUUCAGCAGAAAAGAGAGGUGGAAGGUGAGUUGGAGGUGGUGUGGGGGGCAGCGACCAGAGAGAACCAAAGGAUUAGGGAGACCCUCCAGGACUCCAGCCCACCUCUCCCCUCCCUCAGCCCAGCCAGAGGGCACCAUGGCAGUGGUCUGAGCGAUGGACCCUCCCCCGGCUGGCUCUCCCACCCCCGGGAUGAGGUGUUCUCCCCCCGUCCGCACCCUGACAGCCGCCCUCCCUUCACCUCCUCUCCCCAGAGCGCCGGCCGGCCCGGCCUCCACCGCAGCCCUAUGUUCGAGUCCGACUCGGACCAGCACCAGAACCCCUCCUCAGAUGAGAGCGAGAAGAACGGCAUGGACUUCUAUUCUUAGUGUCCCUUUUGUAUUGAUCUUACAGAAGACCAGUAGCCUGGUCCCAGAUCUGUUGGCGCUCUUGCUAACUCCAUUGCUCAGUGCCAAGCCAAACAUGACAUGACCAUUCCAUAAGGAGUUGGCAAGAGAGUAGAACCACACUGGCACCAGGCUAGAAGACCAGGUCUGUGUUGGUCAGACUGUUCAAACAAUUCCCAAGGUAUUCACUUGAUGAUUUACAAUGUUAAAACCCAAGUAAUAGUGUGUUUAUUUACGUAGCUCUGUUUUGAGUGUGUAUGAUCUCUGUGUUAUUGAGUAGAUUUGAUGUAUGUAUGGCUGACUCCGUGUCUCGGCUGACUCCGUGUCUCGGCUGACUCCGUGUCUCGGCUGACUCCGUGUCUCGGCUGACUCCGUGUCUCGGCUGACUCCGUGUCUCGGCUGACUCCGUGUCUCGGCUGACUCCGUGUCUUAAUCAAACUGCAUUACUGUGCGUCUAUUAUCCAAUCUAGCUCUUUAAUAAAUGUAUAAUUUUCUGUUCACCUGCUGUCCUGUUGUUCAUCCAUUUAACCGUAAUUACCAGACUUGCGUCCCAAAUGGC